AUGACCACAGCUGAGUAUGCAAGUGAUAAUGCAACUGAGUUGGUUGAACUGUUUGAAGAUGCACAACAAUAUCAAAGAAUGAUUGGGAAACUAUUGUACUUAACCAUCACAAGACCGGACAUUGCCUAUAUUGUGCAAACAUUAAGCCAAUUCAUGCAAAGACCUAAGGUACAACACUGGAAUGCAGCAUUGAGAGCUCUUAGGUAUAUUAAGACACAACCAGGGUUAGGUUUAUUGAUGUCAUCAAAAAAGGACAUGAGAAUUACAGGGUAUUGUGAUGCUAAUUGGGCUUCUUGCCCAAACACAAGGAGAUUUGUAACAAGAUAUAUUCUAAAGCUUGGUCACUCUCUCAUUGCUUGGAAAUCCAAGAAGCAAGCAACAAUAACUAGAAGCUCAGCAGAAGCUGAAUAUAGAAGUUUGGCAGGUUUGACAGCUGAGGUGGUUUGGGUCACUAACUUGGCCAAAGAGUUGGAUAUCAAGAUUAAAGAUUGUUGCAAACCCUAUGUUCUAUGA